UUGCUCACGUUUGAUUACUGUACUUCUGUGUAGAUAUAAAUACGUGAGGAUGUAGAAAGGACUGAGGAUGGAAGCAACGGAGAUCUUGCAGUUGAUUUUUAUCAUAAAUACGAAGAAGACAUCAAGAGGAUGAGGAGUGAACUUGGAAUGAAUGCCUUCAGAUUCUCCAUUGCAUGGUCAAGAGUAAUCCCUAGUGGAAGGGUUAGCGAAGGCGUGAACGAGGAAGGUAUAGAAUUUUACAACAAGGUCAUCAAUGAAGUUAUACACAACGGGUUGGAGCCAUUUGUGACUAUAUUUCACUAUGAUGUUCCUCAAGCCCUUGAAGACAAGUACGGUGGCUUCUUGAGCGAAAGGAUUGUGUCUGACUACAAGGAUUUUGCGGAACUUUGCUUUCAACGAUUUGGAGACAGGGUGAAGCAUUGGAUCACAUUCAACGAGCCAUAUCAAUUUAGUAUGGGUGGGUGGGAAAUGGGUUCGUCCGCACCUGGGAGAUGCUCUUCUUGGGUGAACCGGGCAUGCCAAGCCGGUGACUCAUCCACAGAACCUUAUAUCAUUGCCCACAAUCUCCUCCUCGCCCACGCCCAUGCUGUCAAUCUGUUCAAGACUAAGUAUCAAGACUUGGAUUCCACACCCAAGGGAGAAAUUGGGAUAACAAUGGAUGUGACGUGGAGUGAACCUCUUUCAGAUAGAUACGACGACAUUGAAGCAGCUCUUAGGAACCUUGAUUUCACUUAUGGCUGGUUUAUGGAUCCUAUGACGUAUGGUCAGUAUCCACGUAGAAUGACGGCGUUUGUCGAUGAACGGUUGCCUAAAUUUACCUGGGACCAAACUCAGAUGCUGAAGAGCUCAUAUGAUUUUGUUGGCAUUAACUAUUACACUUCAACUUAUGUCGCUGCCAAUUUUACCCCUGACCCCAAUCCAAAUCAUAUUAAAGUUUCAACCGAUAGACGUGUUACUUUAACACCAUAUAAGAACGGUAUACCCAUUGGUGAACAGGCUACUCCAACUUGGUUGCAUGUGUACCCAAAAGGAAUCUUUGAAAUUCUGAAAUAUACCAAAGAUACCUACAAAAAUCCGUUAAUCUAUAUCACCGAAAAUGGAGUCGGUGAUCCCAUAGAUCUCUCUCCGCAGGAUGCAACUAAGGACACAUGGAGGAUAAACUAUCACAUGAAGCAUCUUUUCUAUGUUCGUCAAGCCAUUUGUAAAGAGAACGUGAGUGUGAAAGGCUAUUUUGCUUGGUCAUAUAUAGACAACCUGGAAUGGCAAAGCGGAUAUACCGUGAGAAUGGGUUUAUACAACAUUGAUCGCAGCACGAAAGAACUGACAAGAACUCCAAAGUGGUCAGUUAAGUGGUUCCAUAAUUUUCUGAAUAAAACUGACAGCUCAACGACAAGUGGAGGAGGAGGAGGAGAUCAUGGUGGUGGAAGUAUUCCCGAUGUGUGCAAAAGAUUAAUACUAGUACGACCUGAAACUGAGCAGCAACAACCUUGCGCUAUCGGAGCUAUAGCUUAUUCCGAGGACCACGCAUCCAAGGAGGGAUCAAGCAUUGACUCACAAGUUAGAGAUGGAGUGGAUAUCGGACCUGCAGCAAUAAACAAAGAUGACGGGAGGUUCAACGUUGUGGACAAAAAUGAAGGUCCUCUUGCAGAAGAUGUUGCUAAUGUCGACAAGCCAGAUUCUACUUUUCAGGAAUUUUCUACCUCAGCUGGUGUGGUCAUUGCAGAAUAUGAAAUUCCAAAAAGUGUUGACAAAGUGACAGAUGCAGAUGGUAAACAAGCACACUCACCUAUGUUGAUUGACACCAUCAAGUUGUUUGAGCUUGUCGAUGUGGUCAAGACGGAGCACCUGGUUUCACCGAGAGCAACUACAUAUGUUCUGCGCCCCGUCUCAUCUUUCCAUCACUUUGCUCCAAGAUCCAAGAUGGUUGAAGAUUCAAAGAGUGGACUACUCCUUUGGUCGUCAAGCAUAAUAUUGGUGGUGCAUGGCUCGUCGUCCACAGCUGAAUCCUCGUCAAAUAAUGUGAUCCCCGCCGCCGGCGCCGCCGCCGCCGACCCAUACCCGUUUUCACCUGUAGCCAUUGACCGUCUUCAUUUUCCGGCUAAUUUCUUUUUUGGAACGGCCACGGCGGCUUAUCAAGUCGAAGGAGCUCACAAUAGAAGCGGUAAAGGACCCAGUAUUUGGGACACAUUUUCUCAUGAGCAUCCAGAAAGGAUUACGGAUGGAAGCAAUGGAGAUGUUGCAGUUGAUUUUUAUGAUAAGUAUAAAGAAGACAUCAAGAGAAUGAGCAGUGAACUUGGAAUGAAUGCCUUCAGAUUCUCCAUUUCAUGGCCAAGAGUGAUCCCUAGUGGAAGGGUUAGCGAAGGAGUGAACGAAGAAGGCAUCGCAUUUUACAACAGUGUCAUCAAUGAUGCUAUAGCCAACGGAUUGGAACCAUUUGUGACAAUAUUCCAUUGGGAUGUUCCUCAAGCCUUAGAAGACAAGUACGGUGGCUUUUUGAGCCAAAGAAUUGUGUCUGACUACAAGGAUUUCGCGGAACUUUGCUUUCAACGAUUUGGGGACAGGGUGAAGCACUGGAUCACAUUCAAUGAGCCAUAUGAAUUUAGCAUGGGCGGGUGGGAAUCGGGAUCGUCCGCCCCAGGGAGAUGUUCUUCAUGGGUGAACCGGGCAUGCCAAGCCGGUGACUCAUCCACAGAACCUUAUAUCAUUGCCCACAAUCUCCUCCUUGCCCACGCUCACGCUGUCAACUUAUUCAAGACCAAGUAUCAAGACUUAGAUUCCACACCCAAGGGCAAGAUUGGGAUAACACUGGAUGUGACAUGGAGUAUACCUCUUUCUGAUAGCCACGAAGACAUUGAAGCAGCUCAUAGGAACCUUGAUUUCACUUUUGGCUGGUUUUUGGAUCCUAUAGUAUAUGGUCAUUAUCCAAAGACAAUGAGGACGUUAGUCCCUAAACGGUUGCCUGAAUUUACAUGGGACCAGAAACAGAUGUUGAAGAACUCAUAUGAUUUUGUUGGCAUUAACUCUUACACUUCAACUUAUGUCUCUGCCAAUUUUACCCCCGACCCUAAUCCAAACCAUAUUAGAGUUUCAACUGAUAAGCGUGUUACUUUAUCAGGUAAGUGCCUUACCUUAUGCAUAAUCCUUGUUUUUUAACCAUAGAAAGAAUGUCUGGUUUAUAAUGUAAUGUCUUUAAUUAUUUCCAAUCAAUUAUUUGCAGACUAUAAGAAUGGUAAACCCAUUGGUGAACAGGUAUGCUUGUCUCAAAUUUACAAAUUAAAAAAAUGAUAAUUAAGAGUACUGAGUAGAGUAUUAUUAUGUGGACUUACAUGAUUUGCAGGCUUCUCCAAGUUGGUUGUAUGUGUACCCGGAAGGAAUUCUUGAUGUUCUCAAAUAUACCAAAGACACCUACAAAAACCCGAUAAUCUAUAUCACUGAAAAUGGU